UCCGGGGCACGGGGUUAAAAACUGAAGUGUUUUGGUUUUGAAGUGUUCAGGUUUAGCCAGGUUGUUCGUGAAAGUCACUCCGGGUAUAGAAGCCGACACUCGCCGGCAGCGCUACAGAUGGACGCUUUGCACAGACACCGCUCACUUUACAAAGGAACGACUCCGCCAUGGAAAGAAACUUACCGCAAGCGGUGCGUAGACCGACUGAAAAACAGCCGGUCGAGGCUCCUGGAGAGGUAUCGCCAGGCGGGAGAGAGCCAGCAGCCCGGCGGCUCCGGGGCCUCUGCUAUCGUCCAGGAGGUGAUGGAGGAGGAGUGGACCGCCCUGCAGUCAGAGGACCGCAGGCUGCCCUCGCUGUGGGGGCCGCAGGGCAUGGCAGAGAUGUUUAGUGUCAUGAAGGAGUACGAUGAACUGGCAGUGCUUGAGGAAAUCCAGCAGGAGCUCAUGUCACAUGAAAUGUCUAUCAUUGAAGAGUUUGAGAGGAACCAGCAGUUUGAACAGCAGUACAUAUCAUCUGUUGUGGAGGGGAUGGACGAAAUGCACAUCAUUUGCCCCAUAUGUCACAUGAACAACUUGAUCAUCAACAGCCAUUUUGUCUCAUGCACCUGUGGGCUGUACAUUAACACCAAGAAACAGAACAUCAGCCCUGACGUCCUGCAGCGUCUCCUGGAGGCCAGGGUGUCGGAGCACAUGGAGGACUGUCUCCACAAUCCCGUUUUCUCCGUAGCUCCCAACACAGACAGCUCUGCCAGCCUCAUGAUAAGCUGCCAGGUGUGUGACUACCUGUCCAUCGUGCUUUGAAAGCAGACGUGCCCAUCAUGAGUGACUUGACUUGUGAGAUUUGAUUUGGAGUUUUUUGUACUCUCUGUAUGUUUUGAAAUAAAGGCUAUUUUUUUAUAUGUGUAA